GGGAGUAAUGGAGGCAUAGAGGAAUGAUUAAAGAGCUCCAAGCCUCCAACUAUGGCUUCCCCGUUGGCCCCGCUACCCCCCAGACAAAAUCCCACAUAAUCCAAAAUAAUUGGCGGUGCAAAUUCAACAAACUUCAAACUUUUUUUAUUGAUCAAGAAUAAAAUAAACUUAAUUUUAAAAAUAUUUUCUUGUUUAAAAUAAUAAGCGAAUUCCAGCACUUUGAAUAAUCUUCGCGACAUGGUGUCGGUAAUAAUUGGUUUGUUUAAAUUAUCAAAAAGCGGAAGAUUAUUUAAAAAAAAAACCCAAGCAAAAGGGUUAGAAAACUCAAACAUCAGCUUCUUUUUUUCUUCUUCUUAUAGAGAUUCACAUAUCUUGAGCUUCUUUGGAAUUGUUCGACUGCCAAUUUCUAGUUUGGGCUUAUUUAGUUGUUAAUUAGUUUCAUAAAUUCUUUUAUCGAGUUUGUUAAUUUUGCUGAAUCAAGGAGUUGAAGGAUAGUUUGGUUUUGGAAAAUCUGGGAUUUAUUCUUGGUGUGGUAAGUGGCUAGAGGAGGGGAUCGGUUCGGUUACUUUUUAUGAUAACGAGGUUUUGAAGCGAAAAUGUGGAGCCUAUGGAGUCGUUGAUUUGAUUGAGAAAAAGGGGUAUACUUUGCUUGAUUUGAUCUGGAUUGAGCUGAAGGUUGAUUAGUGUUUUAAUUUUAGCAAUUGGAGAAGAACCACUUUUCCGGCCGAUUGAGAAGCUGGGGCUUUCUGUGUUUCUGGUUUUGGAAUCUGGGUCGUGGAGUUUUCGUGCGUUCAGUCUCACUGGUUUGAAUCGGCAUUGUGGCUCUGAGGAGUUUGAGUGGAAAAUCUCCAUUUCAAUUUGUUGUUGGCAGCUUUUCAACCAGUCAAGAAGAUAAAAAAGCGAAUCUAUUUACGGUGCAAUAAGAUCGAAUAGUGUUUGUGAAGCUGGGCGGCUUGGAUGUGCAAGAGUCUGUUUUAUUAUACAGAUAGUAACUAUAACUCAAAAGGUUUUUACCAAGUAACAUCUGAUUCUGGGAGAUGGGUUGUGAGUCCUCCAAACUCAUGCCCUGUUGCUCGAAUUCACAAGUGAAGGCAUCGGUUCUUGAAGUGCCUGAUGUUGAGGAUGAGGAGAAGAGCGAGCUUAGCCACUUGCCUAGAUUCCGGGAAUUCACAUUUGAUCAACUUAAAAAUGCUACUUCAGGAUUUGCAGUGGAAAAUAUUGUAUCUGAGCAUGGAGAGAAAGCUCCAAAUGUUGUUUACAAAGGGAAGCUGGAAAAUCAGAUGAGGAUUGCUGUCAAACGCUUCAAUAGGAUGGCUUGGCCUGAUGUUCGGCAGUUUUUGGAGGAAGCAAGAUCUGUUGGUCAGCUCCGCAACCUGAGAUUGGCAAAUUUACUUGGUUGUUGUUGUGAAAAUGAUGAACGGUUGCUUGUGGCAGAAUAUAUGCCUAACGAAACUCUGGCAAAACACCUUUUUCAUUGGGAAACGCAACCUAUGAAAUGGGCAAUGCGACUAAGGGUUGUUCUACAUCUUGCUGAAGCAUUAGAAUACUGUACAAGCAAAGGGCGUGCCCUUUAUCAUGAUCUUAAUGCUUACAGAAUUUUGUUUGACGAGGAUGUUAAUCCUAGGCUCUCAAGCUUUGGCCUGAUGAAAAAUAGUAGGGAUGGAAAAAGUUAUAGCACCAAUCUGGCAUUCACCCCUCCUGAGUAUCUCAGAACUGGGAGAGUCACAUCAGAAAGUGUAAUAUAUAGCUUUGGCACUCUUUUGCUUGACCUUAUCAGUGGGAAGCAUAUUCCUCCCAGCCAUGCCCUUGACCUUAUUCGGGACAGGAAUCUUCAGAUGCUGACCGAUUCUUGCUUGGAACAACAGUUGUCCGAUGAUGAUGGGACUGAGUUGGUACGUUUGGCUUCCCGAUGUUUGCAGUAUGAACCUCGAGAACGGCCGAAUCCAAAGUCGCUAGUGGCUGCUUUGACUCCACUUCAGAAGGAAACAGAGGUUCCUUCUCAUGUGUUGAUGGGUGUUUCACAUAGUGCUUCAUUCUCUCCCCUGUCUCCACUUGGUGAGGCAUGCUCAAGAAGGGACUUGACUGCCAUACAUGAGGUCUUGGAAAGUAUUAGCUACAAAGAUGACGAAGGAGUGGCAAAUGAGCUCUCUUUUCAAAUGUGGACCGACCAAAUGCAGGAAACUUUGAAUUCAAAGAAAAAGGGUGAUACUGCUUUUCAUCAGAAAGAUUUUAGAGCCGCAAUUGAGAAUUAUACACAGUUUGUUGAUGGUGGAACCAUGGUUUCUCCAACGGUUUAUGCACGCCGUAGUUUAUCUUAUCUCAUGGGUGACAUGCCUCAAGAAGCUCUGACUGAUGCAAUGCAAGCUCAGAUCGUUUCCCCUGUAUGGCACAUUGCUUCUUAUCUCCAGUCUGCUGCUCUUGCUGCACUUGGAAUGGAGAAUGAAGCGCAAGCAGCUCUUAAGGAGGGUGCAAUUCUUGAAGCAAAGAGGAAUGAGCCUGCUGGACAUAAGUGAAUGUGGAAGUGGAAAUUCUCAUUCUCACUCAUCUCAUUGUGGUGGUCCACAUAUGAAGAUUACAAUUGUUAUUGAUUGCAAGGUUUUGCUUCCAGGCGGGGCACUCCUUCCAUAUGGCACUAACUUAUUCUCAGAUAAUUCUCUGAGAACCGAGUGUCAUUGGAUUUCGGACAAACAAUAUUUUGAUGGUUGUGGGUUUUUUGCAAAUUUUUAUGUGUGGUCUAGAAAGUUUAUUGUUAUUGUGUUUACAAUUUCUUUGAUUGUGCUUUUGCAUCUGCUGCCACUAAAAUGAAAAAAAAGGUGAAAAAUUAGUGUGAAGAGAUUUUUCAACGUGUUGUAAUUUUUGUAUAGAUAGCAUGCCUGGUUUCUUCUUGCUGAUGUAAAAUUGUUGGUUUUGGAUUAUUGUCUUCUUUAAACAAUUGCAGAAAUAAAAUUCAUUUGUCUCCA